AUGACUGAAGGAAAGAGGCUGCAACAGAUGGAGCUUCCUCAAAUGAAAUCCAUUUGGAUUGACGAGGAUCAGGAAAUGGAAAAAUUGUAUGGAUUCCAAGUAAGGCAACGAUUCAUGAAUGGACCUAGUACGGAUUCCGAUGAAGACGCCGACGAAGAUUUAGGAAUUGUUCUCGUUGACAGUAAAAAGCUGGCUUUGCCGAACAAGAACAACAUCAAAUUGCCCCCUUUGCCCAAUUACAUGACGAUCAACCCUAACAUAAAUUCCAAUCACAAGUCAUUAACUAAUAAAAAGAAGAAUUUCCUGGGCAUGUUCAAAAAAAAGGACCUGUUGUCGAGGAGACAUGGGUCUGCCAAAACCGCAAAACAGUCAAGUAUAUCUACACCAUUUGAUUUUCACCAUAUUUCGCAUGCUAAUGGUAAAAGGGAAGACAACCCUCUUGAGUCGCACGAAGAAAAACAUGAUGUAGAAUCAUUAGUCAAAUUCACGUCUUUGGCACCGCAACCCCGACCAGAUUCAAACGUCUCUUCUAAAUAUUCCAAUGUUGUGAUGAACGAUUCGAGCAGAAUAGUGUCUUCCUCCACAAUAGCUACAACGAUGGAUUCUCACCACGAUGGUAACGAAACCAACAAUACCCCAAAUGGCAAUAAGCAAUUAGACUCGCCUACAGAUUUGGAAAUGACCUUGGAAGACUUGAGAAAUUAUACAUUUCCUUCUGUUCUUGGAGAUAGCGUCAGCGAAAAGACCAAUCCUUCCUCUCCCUCUGUUUCAUCAUUUUCUGGCAAAUUCAAGCCAAGAGAGUUGAGUGCGCUACAUACGCCCGAAUUAGGAAAUUGUUUCAAUGUAGAUCAGUCGCUAAAUUCCCCUGGUAACAGAAUAUCUGUGGAUGACGUGCUAAAAUUCUACUAUCAAUGUAGUGAAACUAGUACUCCUCGAAAUACCUGA